CUGCGAAAUAGUGACUGGACCACUCACGCCCAUCUCGUUCUUGCACCGAGACCGUCACGUCGUCCGUUGGACAUUACUCGCCUUCAACCUGGAUACACUCUGCUACCCAUGUUUAAUUGUUCAAAAUCAUGCCCAAAAACUCUUUCGUAUACAUACCCUCCCAACAGACUCACUCAAUGUCGCCUACUCAUCCCCAUACCGUAAGCGCCGUACAAAACAGCCCAGACGACGACGACGACGACAUUUGCCCUGUGUGCGAUGGCGAAUGCACCUGUUCUUCCAAUCACCCUGCGCCCUCUUCUUCGCCCUCGAAACCCGUUCUCAAAAUACGCCUCACAGUCCCUCCAGCGCUCCGUGUAACCAAGUCCCAGCCAGUUUCCCGUGGAAAACACAUCGAACAGACGACAUUCGCCACCGCACACGACGGAGAACCCGCUUCCUCGGCUCAUGUCCCAAAACGUAGAGGCAGGCCUCCAAAGAACGCUCCCCGUCCAACGAAGGCACCUCCAACGCGUAGAAAACCACCACCUAAACCUGUAUUCAAAAAGAAAACCCCUCCCACCAAGCGCAAGCGUGUGGCAUCCAAUACUGAUUCUUCUGAACUUACGGACAUUGAUGACGACGACGCACGGUCCGUACAGUUCCCUACAUUCGUCUCAGCAUCUGCCUUGUCGUCUACGGCGUCGUCUACUGAUUCGGACGACUCUGGCGGCUUUGAUACCGACUCCUCAAUCGAGGCGGAAGAAGAGAAUUUCAUUCUUGCUGAAGAACGUGCGAGAGUUAGGAGAGAGUUACUGGGUGAUGACGUGCCCAGUAGUCUGAACAGAAGAAGAGAUAGUUGGGUUAUCCACCCACGCAGGACGAGUGUAGGAGACCCCAGUGACGUGGAUAUGGAUGGCGAAACUGAAGAUGAGGAUGAUGAUGAUGACGACGACGACGACGAUGAGGAUGAAGAAGCUGCCGAGGAAGAUGAAGAUGGUGAUGUAGAGGAGGAAGACGACGAGGAAGACGGCCGUACUGGGUACACUGGAAUGGCCACAGGAUGGUCAGACGACGAAGAAUCUAGCUUCGAUGCAGAGCUUUUCUUUGCCAAUCUUUCUGGUUCCUCUUCCUCUUCCUCCUCUGACGACGAGGAAGAACAGGAAAAUAUUUCAAUAGACCCGGCUGCCCUCGCUGGAGCUCUCGCUAGUAUCCCGCCACGGGAUCUUCCCUUCGAAGUCACCGAAUGUUGGGAUGGCCAACUUAUGUUCACCAGCGGUCCUGGAGGUGGUGUUCUUGAAGCAGAAUUCGACGCCAUGGCUGCCCAGUUCAUUGUGGACAGUAGCGCUUCACCUAGUGGCGCCGACGAUGACGACGACGUCAAUAUGCAUGAUGCAGAUGAGGAGGAUGAGGAGGACGGAGAAGAAGACUUGGGAGAUGGCGGCGACACCACAGACGAAGAUCUCGUAGGCGCAGACGAUUUGCCCAACGAACGCGCGAUGCGUUUGUUCAACCUUCCGUUCGAGUUGAACGUAGAGUCUAUCAACCCUCUGUCGACGAUGAGUCCAAUUCGUCGGCGCGCGUUACGGGGACAGCUGAUGAGCAAAAGUACACCCGGAGAUAUUCUGACAGGGAAUGUGUUUGGAGAGUUCGAUGACGAAGAGGAAGAGGAGGAGGAAACUGUUACCAGACCGAAGACUGUUGGUGGACCAAGACAAGGCUGUUUUGAGGUCGAGGCUGAGGUCGAUGAUAACAAAACGGUUGUCAUUGACAAUGAACACAAGCCAGCCCCUUCACCUCAUCCGAGGACCAGAGGAAGAGGUAGAGGAAGAAGAAGGAUUGAAGGCAUCAACCGCCCUCUGCCACAGUUCAUCCUUCCGAAACGAUCUACAACUCCCAGCAGUACCACCGAAGCCAUCAACGCACUUAGCAUCACUUCCCCUGAGCCCGAGUCGGGACAUCCGAUGUUGGCGCCGUCCAUCGAACUUGACGAUGUCCUUGACUCGGCAUUCCUCGAGGGAUCAUCCUCCGAACACUCCGCACCAACGCCUACAACAUUUGAACACAUGCGCAACCUCACGAGAUGGGACCUCAUAUCCGUCGGCGCCUUCCGCAAGACUCGUGAAGAUAUUGGCGGCGGCUGGAAUUCCGAUACGGCAUCUGAUGGGCACGGGUAUGGCGGCGUCAUGAAAAGCAGCCCGUUAACGGAGAUGUUGUGGCAGAACAAGAUGGGGACGAAGAACGCGAGCACGACUGGAGAAGGCGAGAAGACGCGUAAAGAAAUCCGCAGAGAGAGGAAGCUGCGGCGGAAAGCUGGUGGUAUGGCUGCGAUUCCUAAAAAUUCAAAGGGAAAGGGUAGCGGGAAGUUGUUCCAUCAUCACCAUCCGCAUCACCCGAACUCGAAAAGCAGGGGUACUGGGUCUUCGCAAAGGACGAACUUUCAUCAGGCUGGAGGAAGUUCGCCUAUUGCAUAAAAUAUGGGUGGUCGCGUGUUUCUUUCUUUCGUUUGGAUUUGCGGAAAACACAUCGUCCAGAGAACGAUGAUGAAGUCGAUGGAGGCUCAAAAUAUUUCGUACGCUUCUAUAUCCUUUUCUUAUCUCUUCUUUUUUCUCUUUGUUUCAAAACCAAAUGUGUUGUGCGCCUGCCUGAAUUGUUUCUUCAAUGUGCCAUAUGUAUUCUCAUUCCCAUUCCAAAGCCUAUCACUAGCAUCUAGCAUCCACCAUCAUAUCCAAUCCUCGUUACUUACUCGCUCAUGUAUCUUACGUUUAUCUCAUGACAAUUUAUGAGGAGAUUCAAACAA